CUUUUCAGGUUACGCUCAACAGUUCUCACACAGGUGAAAGACAAACUGAUGCCUGUCAGACUGUCAGAAGAUGGAAAUUAGUUCCUGUUUCUGUGUCACUGCUGCAGCUGUGUCCGUCUUCACCAUGCUGUGGAAGGUGAGAGAGGCCUCUGGUGCUGGAUACCAGACCGCUGCCUUCGGGACCCUCAUAGGGGCCCUCGGGGCCUCUCUGUAUUUCCUUGUUUCUCCGGUUUUCUGUGGGUUGGCCCUCCUCAGCUGCAGCUUCAUCCUGAUCUGUGUCACUGAGAGGAGACGCAAGCUGCUGCCAGUGAAGAGCAGAGCGGUGCUGGUUACAGGUUGCGAUUCGGGUUUCGGUCACGUCCUGGCGAAGCGGCUCAGUGAGAUGGGAGUGAUGGUGUUCGCUGGCGUGCUGGAUGUGAACGGAGCUGGAGCUCAGCAGCUGAGAGAACCAGGAUCUGAAAACCUGCAGGUCCUGCAGCUCGACGUGACCGACAGCACCCAGAUAGAGACAGCGCACCGCUACAUCUGUGCUCAGGUGGCUGACACAGGUUUGUGGGGUUUGGUGAAUAACGCAGGAGUUCUUCACUGCCCCAUGGAUGCAGAGAUCCACCCGAUCACAGGGUACAUACGCUGCUUGGAUGUGAACUUCCUGGCCCCUGUGAAGAUGUGUCAGGUCUUCCUCCCUCUGCUGAGGAGGUCCAGAGGACGCAUCGUCAACGUGUCCAGCAUGGCAGGUCAGGUGCCGAUCCCCAUGUUUGCUGCUUACGGAGCCUCGAAGGCGGCGCUGAGUGUUUUCUCUCAGGUGAUGAGGUUGGAGUUAUCUGUGUGGGGUGUCAAGGUGGCCCUGAUUCAACCUGCAGGCUUCAGAACAAAUAUAUUUGGGAACAGUGACGACGUCGCUCGCUACAGAGACGAGAUCCUCGCAGGCGUCUCCUCUGAGGCCAGAGAGGAUUAUGGGGAGGCGUACAUCUCGUCCCUCCCCGACAGUCUGUCCAAAAUGUCCCAGCGGUCUCUGGAGGACUUGUCUCCUGUGGUGGACGACAUUUGUCACGCUCUGCUGUCAGUUCAUCCCAAACCCGUGUACACCCCCGGGCACAUGGGAUGGCUGCUCCCGUUCGUCCACCGCUGCUGUCCCGCCGCCGUGUUCGACGCCUUCAUCGUGAGCCUCGCCGAACACACCGACCUUGAACCAGCAGGACUCAGCAGGAGCUGAGGCUCAUGGGAAAGUCGUGCCGCUACAACAUAUUUUUUGUUUUAUAUAGUCCUUUGUAUAAAAUGUACAUACAUAUAGUCCGCUUUUAUUUUGUUUAUUUUUUAUUCUGUUGCUAUUGCUGCUGCCUGCCACACCUGAACGUCCCCGGCUGGGGAUAAAUAAAGUCUUAUCUUAUCUUACAUCACGGUCAUGUGGUGAUGGAGGUCAGAGGA